AUGGCUAUGGAGGAGUAUAGUGACUGGCAGCAAUCUCGGGUGAGUAGAGAAAUUCUUAAGGGCAAUAUCCGCAAGGCGCGAGACUUGGCGCUUGCAAAUGGCCUGGAUCUCCAGCAGAUCCACGGUGAUCAGGAUCCAGAUUUCUUCAUUAAACAGGGCAUUAGUGUGGGUAUAGCGCGCCGCUUCGUUUCUAAGAUUGCCCAGUGGGCCAAACUAGACAUCAAUAGUCAUAAGUGA